UUGUUUUUUUUUUUUUUAUCAAUUCCGAGCAUUUGUUCUAGUCCGGGUCAUCCGGAACUAUGUUUGCUGUCUGUGUUUCAUUCGGAAACAUUUUGCAAUUACACUGAGGCUGAGAAAUCUGAUGCAAGUGAAAGCCGGCUAUUUCAACAAACGCAACGAAGAGUAAAACAUGGCAGACUGUCAGGAAGACACCGCUUGCAAACUGACCGCAAUGCAGCUUUAUGAGAAACUGACUCUGCAAGGAGACCAAGUACGAGCCUUAAAGUCAGAGAAAGCUGCUAAACCUGAGAUCGAUGCUGCUGUACAGCUGCUCUUGAAGCUGAAGGUUUGCUACAAAAAAAGCACAGGGCAGGAUUACAAGGCUGGUUGUCCCCCCAAUGACGACGUUUCUCAGAGCAAUAAUGGACCAGUUACAGAGGAUGGAGACGACCAGGUGGACCCCUGGAACGUGUCCACGACCAGCGCCAAAGGAGUGGAUUACGACAAGCUCAUAGUGCGGUUCGGAAGCAGUAAGAUCGACCAGGAGCUGAUCGACAGAAUAAGCCGAGUCACAGGGCAAACCCCUCACCGCUUCCUCCGCCGAGGAGUCUUCUUCUCUCACAGAGAUAUGCAUCAGGUCCUAGACGCCUUCGAGAACAAGAAGUCCUUCUUCUUAUACACGGGCAGAGGACCUUCGUCAGAAGCAAUGCAUGUGGGCCACCUUAUUCCAUUCAUCUUCACCAAGUGGCUGCAGGAUGUGUUCAACGUACCUUUGGUCAUCCAGCUGACUGACGACGAGAAGUACCUGUGGAAGGACCUGUCACAGGAGCAAUGCUACCGCUUCAGCGUGGAGAACGCCAAAGACAUCAUCGCCUGCGGAUUUGACGUCAACAAGACCUUUAUUUUCUCAGACCUCGACUAUAUCGGGUCGAGUCCAACGUUCUAUAAAAACAUGUUGAAAAUACAGAAGCAUGUAACUUUUAACCAGGUUAAAGGCAUAUUCGGAUUCACAGACAGUGACUGCAUCGGAAAGAUUAGUUUUCCUGCAAUACAGGCAGCACCUUCCUUCAGCAAUAGUUUUCCACAGAUCUUUAAUGGCAGGGCCGAUUUGCAGUGUCUCAUCCCCUGUGCUAUUGACCAGGACCCAUAUUUCCGCAUGACGCGAGACGUUGCUCCCCGAAUAGGUUACCCCAAGCCUGCUCUUCUGCACUCCACUUUUUUCCCCGCAUUACAAGGUGCUCAGACCAAGAUGAGUGCCAGUGACCCGAACUCUUCGAUCUUCCUGACCGACACACCCAAACAGAUCAAAACGAAGAUCAACAAGCAUGCCUUCUCUGGCGGGAAGGACACCAUAGAAGAGCACAGGAAAUAUGGCGGAAACCCAGACCUUGAUGUCUCGUUCAUGUACUUGAGUUUCUUUCUCGAGGAUGAUGAAGAGCUGGAGAAAAUACGACAGGAUUAUACCAGCGGAGCUCUCCUGACAGGCGAGCUGAAGAAACGUCUCAUAGAAACCCUCCAACCAAUGAUUGCAGCUCACCAAGAGAGACGCAAACACGUCACCGACGAUAUCGUAAAGCAGUUCAUGACUCCACGGAAGCUAGAAUUCAAUUUUUAAUAUGACAAAUGAAGUGGAACUGAGGGGGGAAUGAUGAGUUGUAGCUUGCCAUUAUAUGUACGAAAAAUGUUCUAGCUGCUUGUACAGAAUCAUAACAUCCAUCAUGCGCCAGGACCAUAUGCUUUUGACCGUAUGACCCUACGACAAGCGCAAUGUCCAAAUCGCCACAAUCAUCCGAACAACCACCGAGCAUGAUGUAGACAUUUUCAAUGCCAUUUUAUAGCUACUCCAAUUCAGUAAAAGGUGUCUUGUUCACAA